UGCCAGGUGCCAUAGUCCAGGAAGGAGGUAGAGUAUUAAUCAACAAAACAAAUUUAGAUGCUUCAAACCUAUUGAUUAAGCUACCUGAUGUACAGCGCUCCAUGUAUGAAGUCUGGUUUCAGGUUCUGUCUUUACCCCAACAUGGCAUGAUUGUUGUUGGAGAACGAAAUGUAACCAAAGAAAUGCCUAACUUCUCCCAAUAUGUACUGGACAGAUUUGGAAUUAUGUACAUACAUGAUAAUUCUGAAUCUCUAAAUGACAAUUUCACUUUUGCUGUUUGGUUAAACCUGAAGAGCAAGCCUGCUACAAAGCCCCAUAGUGAAGUUUUAGAGGAGAUCUUUAAUAUCACUGUUUUCCCAGUGAAUGACCAGUCUCCAGAACUGAAGACUAAAAGACUGCACUUGAAAGUCCUGCAGGGAGAUGUGUCAAUGCUGGGGGCAGAGAAUCUGAAAGUUGAAGACUUAGAUAAUGACCCAGCUGAGCUAAAAUACACCAUUAUUAGCAACCCCAAUAAUGGUUACUUAGCAAUGAAAAGCAAUCUCAGUGUCUCUAUAAAAGAUUUCACACAAGCUGAUGUUGACGGUGGUAAAGUCUGGUUUGUACAGGAUGGAAGUUCGUCUUCUGGGGUGUUUUAUUUCAGUGUGACUGAUGGUAAACAUCGCCCUUUAUACAAACUAUUCAGUCUUGAAGUCGUACCAAUUGCUCUUGUCCUAGUCAACCUUACCAAUGUUGUGCUGCCGCAGGGCCAGACAUCUGUCACUAUUACUGAUGUUCAGCUUUCAGCUGUGACAAAUGGAAAAAGCACUAAUAUUAUGUAUGAAAUAACUCAGCCACUCAAAUAUGGGCACCUCAUGAUUGGAAAUGAGCAGGUUACUAAAUUUGAGCAGGCAGAUUUAUACUCGCGAAGGCUCUCUUACCACCUGUCAAAUCUCACUGCUUCCAGUGAAGUACUGGAGUUUAUGCUUUUUACUGCAGAAAGCAAUCUAACAGGACAAGUGCUGAACAUCACAGCCAAGCCUUUAGUACAAAUUGUAUCUGACCUGCAGAUUUCAAAUCAAGCAGCUUAUAAACUUGGAAGCAGUGAUCUGGAUGCUUCUGAGCUAGCUAAUUUGACAAACAGUAAUCCUAGAUUUGAAGUGAUAGUGCCCCCUUCUCAUGGAAGGAUAGUAAAGAAAAGGUUUGUGAAUGAUGCAGUGUUUGAAGAUAUUCAGACGUUCACGCAGGCUGACAUUGAUAGUGGUGUUUUGCUGCUAGACGUAGACACAAAUAUGACGGGCAUCGAUCUGUUGAAUGACUCAUUUACAUUUAUACUCAGGGCAGAUGCUGUGCAGCCUGCUGUUGGCUGUUUUCAGUAUGCCAUUGUGCCACACAGUCCUCCUCUUGUGCAGGGCUUUACAACAGAAGUGCCUUUUGUAACCAGCAUGACCACUUUCAAGGCUCACUCUACCUCAAAGGAUGAGGCACCAGCCUCCUCACAGAAUGAAGAGCCUGCAGAAGAACUACAGAAUACUGAACCAACUAUGUGGCCAGGGCAGAAUCACUGGGGAAACCUACAUGAAGAAGGUCUAUUGCUAAAUCAGGCAGUGGGAACAAGUGUAUCUGUGGAGUUGAAGACUACAAACCAGGUUAAUGGCAGGAGUUCCAGAGAGCAAGAAGGUGAAAGCAGCCCUUGGUACAUCAUUAUCCCCCUGGUCCUGGUGUCUGUGCUGCUCAUUGCUGCUGUUACUUCUGUGUGCAUUUUGUUUAUGUGUCAGAAGAAAGAGAAGACAAAACCUUUAGUCAAAAGUCAAACAGACACAAUCCUCAGUAGUGCAGAUCGAUGUCUGGAACGGAGCUUGACUGUGCCCACUGUCACAGUGACUCCUCUCCUGAAGGGGACUGAGAGAAGUACAGCCUCAACAUUUGUGGCAGUAAAACAUGAGCAGCUGCUUCCCACAGUGGUUUCUCCAGCUACAGAAAGGUGUCUGAAAAACAGCUUUUUAAAUCUUGAUCCUGAAAUGAUCCAAUAUUGUCGAAAAACAAACCCAACUUUGAAGCACAAUCAGUACUGGGUAUAG